ACAUCUUUGAUUUCUCAGAUUAAAACUGAAAUGCCGAAUAAAAAAACAACAACAUCUUUACUUUCGGUUUAUAUUGAACUGUAAUAAAAAUUUCACUCGCUUCCUGAUGUAGUUGUUGAUAGAACCAAAGAAAAAAUUAUUUAUGUGAAGAUCCAGGGAUUUUGUUACCAUGGAUACUGAAAGCUUGGAGACUAUCCAGCUGUCCCUGGAUGACAUGGAAGGCAACUCUAAUGAGACAAGACUUAUUACUGUGGGUGUGACGGCGGAACAAGAGGCUGCUAUGGAAGCAUUCUUUCAGAUCAAUAGCUGGCAGCUUAUUAAAGAGUCGAAGAGUGAAACUGUAUCAGAAGAUGGGAGCCAGGCAUUGACUGUACAUGUAACUUCAGAGCAGGAAGCGGCUUUACAUGCAUUCUUCCAGAUCAAUAGCUGGAACGUAUCUUGCAUAAAACAUGAAGCAGAAUCGGUUACUGAUGGAACAGUUGCUGUUACUGAAGGGGCAAUGGCAGUAGCUGAAGGAACAGUAGAAAGUAUUGGGGAACAGUCCAUAGACCAACAAGACGAGGUACAAGGAAGUGUUCAAACCUUACAGUCUAUAGAAAAUCAAGAGGUUGAAAAUGAAACCACGGUUGAGGAGGUACCUGGUCUACAAAUGAUAAAAGUCACAACUACUGACACCGACGGAAGACCACAGGUGAUCACAGUGUUUGCGGAGGGAGGCGGUUCAAGAGAAAUACCCGCCUCACUGCUCACAGAUCUGGGCGCUGCCAGUGACGGUAGUCGGGAUAUGCCACAAGUGAUUAUACAGGAGAUAACAUUACCAGAGGGAAUGACACUCGAUCAAGGUCUUGUGAUAGCCAACCCUGGAAUGAAUGUUGUUAAAAGAAUCACUCCACGAGGAAGCGUUCGACCUGGAGACAAAGUUCACAAGUGUCAUGUUUGUGGAAAGAUGUUUAAGCAACUGCAAAGUUUCAAUGGACACUACCAAUCACAUUUUGGUGCUAAACCUUUUAAAUGUGACAUCUGCAACAAAGGUUUCACAUUGAAGGCAGCCCUAAUUUCACAUCAUUCAAUACAUACUGGAGCUAAACCGUACAUUUGUACACUGUGUAAUAAAAGUUUCAGGCGAAAAGAUGACAUGAUGUGUCAUUUACGUACUCAUACAGGAGAAAAGCCCUAUGAAUGUGAUAUCUGUGGGAAGAAAUUCAAAUACCGUAACCAGAUUCCUAAACAUCGUCGUGCUCACACCGGCGAAAAACCUUAUGAGUGUACCCAGUGUGAAAAGAGAUUCACGUCCAACAUCCACCUGUCUCGACAUAUACGUACACAUACUGGGGAAAGACCGUACAAAUGUGGAUAUUGUGAGAAAGCAUUUACACAGUAUGGGCAUUUACAGGCCCACACACGUAUCCACACUGAUGAGAGACCAUUUCCCUGUGAAGUGUGUGGACGUAGAUUUAGAGAGAAGAAGGUCAUGAAGCGCCAUGAGCUUUUACACACAACAGAGCGAAAGUUUAAAUGUGAUGUAUGUGGUCGAGGAUUCUUACGUCAGAGUAACCUUGACCUCCAUGCUGUCAUGCAUCAGAAAGGUCCAAAAGAAGGUGGAUUGAGAAGAGGGAGGCCAAAGCCCAAAAAGAAACAGGCAGAUGCUGAGAUGAGAGAAUUUGUUGCAAAUGUCUUAUCUUCAGUUAAAAAGGUGGACUCUGGAAUGCAAACAGAAUCGUAUGUGAAUGGUGUGCCUGAAAGUUCUGACAAUGGAUCAGGGGCAGAUAACUUAUCUGCCUUUGUUAACUUUGCUGUAGAGCAAGAUAAUAAAAAUGGAAGAGUCGAGAAUUUGGCAGAUUUGCAGAAUGUAACGGGAGGAGAGCAGCAAUAUACACUGGUUAUGCAAGAUGACGGUAGCGGUGGUUAUCUCAUCUCGAAUUACGACGGUAGCGCCAUUCCGGAGGAAAUCGUUAACACUCUGCCGUCACAGCAUAUCGAAGUCUCCACUGGGUCUAACAGUGCAACAGAUGUUAAGGAAGAGACAGUUGUUAAGGAGGAAAAUUUUGAUGAGUCGACAUCUGAAAUGGUUGUGAAGUCUUUGGAAAAAGUAGUUUAUGCAAAUAAUAUUAAUGGAAAUACAAACAUAAAUGAAGAGGUUGUAGCAUUUGAGCAUGGUUUUCCUGAAGGGAACUUGUUAGUCCAAGAAGUAGAUAAAAUGUCACACGGACAACCUGUCCCUAGCGGAGAUUAUAUACAGGUGGUGUUAGAAGAGCCAAACCAACAAAACGUGGUAGUAAACCAGGAAGGCUAAAUGUGUUGCAUGUUUUUUUGUGUGUGUGUAUUUGUUGAUAAUUGCAUGAAGAGAGGCAGAAAUUGUUAAUGCAUGUAUGGAAUGUUUUGUUUUUGAUUUGAAAUCUUUAAAUCAAACCUGGGUUAAUUAACACUGCCACUUUAUUUAUCAUAGAUUGGGUAAUAUUCACAGAGGUCUUAUUUUUAUAUUGUUGUUUGCAGAGAGCUAUUCACUCUUAUAUUCUCUAAAGUUUUAUUGAUAACACAGUUGAAAUUCUUAUCAAUACAAAUGAGUCAGAACUUUGUGAUGUCUUGAAGAAAAAGUGACACUAAAGUUACCAAAUAUACAUCUCUGAAUAUAUAUAAGAAUUGAAAAUGUACAUAAGUAAUGGAAACCAAAGGAAGUAUUAACAUAAUAUUUUUAGAUUUCUUUCUCUUAUUCAGUUGUUAGUAAUGUUGUAGUAGGGCAAUAACAGAUUGCAAAGGAGAUACCAGUACAUGUCAAUUACUGGACAGGGUAUUUAGAGUUUGAAUGAAUGUAUUCUGUAGCAACACUUUAGUCAUUAAAAAAAACAAUCGUGUUAAUAACACAAAAAUAUUAUGAUUUUUUAAAGACCUCGAAGGUUGAUUAUAGACAUUUGAAAAAAAAUCUGGAAUAGUUUUUCAUUUUGGUAUCUUUUUAAGAUUGUGGCCAUUAUGACCAUCAUAUUUUUAUGGCUGUGACUAAAUACAGAGUUGGUGCGCCCGUGAUAUAUUACAGACUCCGGUAUAUACCGGAUUAACUAAAUUUGAACAAAAACACCUUAAAUAUAUAUAUUUUGUAACCAUGGUGAUUCUAACCCUAACCUUUAGUCAGUAUAUUAUGCACAUUAUACACUAAAUGCGUGCGUACAUGCAAAAAAAUGAGUAUUUUUGCCGUGCAUUCCAUUUGAUGAUAAUUCCGCGCAUGCGCAGAACGGCUACACAAACUCUGCAAUGAAAAACAUUCUAUUUUUAUUAUAUUGAUAUUUUUGAUGUCGCAUUCUUUUUAAGUCUCUCAGUGAUUUUCUUAGUUAACAUAACAGUAACAGAAUAAUAGCUCUUUUUUUCUUAAAUUUAGAAAAUUUAUAUUUAAUUUUAUCAUAUGGAAAAUACAUUUGAAGGUCAUAAAAAUAAAGGUGGGUGACUGAAUGGUUAAGGUUGUUGGUACUACUUACAGCAACCGCAGCUAAAUUUAUGCUCUUAACAGUAAUCGGUCUCGGGGGCACUGUUCCUAAUUGCUGUCAUAUUAGGAGGUGGCACCGACCCCAAUGGGGCUGGGAGACACCGGUGUUAAGUAGCUGACGCCUUAACCACUAGACCACAGCUUCCCUUGAAAUUAAUUGAGAACUAGGAUUAAAUUAUUUAUAUUCGUAGUGUCUGAUACUGAAAUGUUAAGACAUUUUGCUCAACUUGUUAUCUAUCACUAUAAUUGCUUGUUCUUUAUAAAUAAAAUAUUCACCAGAUA